AUGUCAUCAAGUGCCGAUUCAGCUCGUGAUCCCUUGUUACCAAAGGAUCAGUUAGAUCCCAUGGCUCAAGACUUCAACAACAAAUCAAGAACCUCUUCAAGCAAAAGAAGACUGCGUCGCUCUAGAAGCGCUCCUCGUGGUGAUUGCACGUACGACGAUAAUGAUUUCAAAACCGACGAACCCCCUCUUCAUCCCAGUCAAUUGUUCAGGGAUCUAAACCCAAACCUCAGGCGAGUCAUCAUCUUCUUGGCUCUAUACCUAACCAUUGGUACUCUCUGUUUCUACCUCGUGAGAAACCAGAUCUCUGGUCACAAGACCAAUGGUGUGUUGGAUGCUGUCUACUUUUGUGUUGUAACAAUGACAACUGUUGGAUACGGUGACCUUGUCCCUAGUAGUUCUACCUCGAGGCUACUCGCUUGUGCCUUUGUCUUCUCAGGAAUGGUACUAGUGGGUCACCUUCUAAGCCGAGCAGCGGAUUAUCUAGUUGAGAAGCAAGAGACGUUACUGGUUAGGGCUUUCCACUUGCGUCAAAGCUCUGGUCCGCUAGACAUUCUCAAGGAGUUGCAAACUAACAAGUUGAGAUACAAAUGCUAUGUCACUUUCAUUAUCCUUGUAGUCCUCUUCAUUGCUGGUACUGUUUUCCUUGUAAUGUAUGAGAAAAUGCCGGUUAUUGAAGCCUUUUACUGUGUUUGCUCGACGGUUACUACAUUGGGUUAUGGAGACAAGAGCUUUAACUCUGGAACUGGACGUCUUUUUGCUGUGUUUUGGAUCUUGACGAGUACUAUAUGUUUGGCUCAGUUUCUACUCUAUGUAGCUGAGUUAAAUGCAGAAACCAAACAGAAGGAGUUAGUGAAAUGGGUUUUGACAAGGUGA